UUAACUUAAAAAAAAAUUUCUCUUUCUUCUAAAAAUAAUGCAAGUACAAAGAAGAAAAUCAUUUAAAACCAAUCGAUUAUUUGACUUUGAUCAGUUAUUUCAAAAUCGUCAAAGACGAAAUGUUGAAAUUAGACGUCAAUUACGUGAAGAAAUAAUAUCAAAACAUCGAAAUUUAUCACCUUUAAAAGAAAAAUCUUUCUCAAAUGAACCAAAAUUAAUUGUUAGAAAUUUAAAAAUUGAAAAUCUUUCCGAAAUUGCUCAAGGAAUUUAUUCAAAUCAUGUUGAGAAACAAUUGAUUUCCAUGAGAAAAUUUAGAAAAUUAUUGGCUGAAGAACGUGUCCCACCAAUACAACAAAUCAUUGAUACUGGUGUUAUACCUAAAUUUGUGGAAUUUUUACAAUCAAAUAGUCAAUUACUUAAAAUUGAAUCUUCUUGGGCUUUAACAAAUAUUUUGGCAGGAAAUAUUGAACAUAUCAAAGUUGUUAUCGAUUCUGGUGCUUUACCAAUUUUUGUUCAAUUAUUACAAAAUGAAAAUUCUAAUGAAAUUAAGGAACAUGCUAUUUGGGCUAUAGGGAAUAUUUCUAGUGAUGAAAUGUUUUGUGAUAUGGUUUUUUGUUCUGGUGCUUUAGAAUCUUUAUUAAAUAUUUUAAAUCAAAUUGAUGAAAAUUCUUCUUUAAUUCCUACUUUGGCAAGGACAAUAUGUAACCUUUGUAGGGUUAAAGUAUCUGAAGAUGAAUGGUAUUGGUUAUCUCUUGCUUUAUCUAGAAUGAUUUAUUCUGAUGAUGAUGAUGUUCUUUAUUCUACUUGUUGGGCUUUAUCUUAUCUUUCUGAUCGUGAAAUAGAUUGUAAUCAACAAAAACAUUCAAUCAUUAAUACUGGAAUAUGUCCUAGAUUAGUUGAACUUAUGAUUCACAAAAAUUUUAAUGUACAAUUUCCCGCUUUAAAGUGUGUCAAAAACAUUUCUGCUGGUUCUCAUGAUCAAACUCAAGCUAUCUUACAUUGUCAAGCUUUAAAAAUUUUAAGAGAUUUACUCGUUAGUACGAAAUGUAGUAUUCGUAAAGAAGCUUGUUUAAUCGUAUCAACGAUUGCGAAAAGAGCUGUAAAUCAAAUUCAAGCUAUUGUAGAUGCCGGAAUAAUUCCUUUAUUAAUUAAUUUAAUAAGAAAUUCGGAUUUCAAAACGAAAAAGGAAGCUAUAUGGGCUAUUUGUAAUAUUAUAAAAUAUAGUUAUAGUCAACCAAAUUCAUUUCGUCAAAUAAUAAAUUUGGGAUGUAUUCAACCUAUGAUUGAUAUGUUAGAUUGCAAGGACACUGAAAUUAUUUUAACAAUAUUGGAAGUAAUUCAAAUAAUUUUAAAAUUUGGUGAAUUCGCUAAAACUCCAAAUAAUAGAGAUAAUGAAUAUUCGUUAUAUAUUGAAGAAAUUGGUGGGAAAGAAAAGAUUUAUGAUUUACAAUAUCAUAAAAAAGAUGAAAUUUAUCAUAUAGCUUAUGAUAUUAUUGAUAAAUAUUUUGGUGAUGGUUUUGAAGAAGGAUUCGAAGAGGUUAAUAAUUUUACAUUUCGACAUAACAAUAACAAUAAUAAUAAUCCUUUUACAGGAUUUCAAUUUUUUAAAACAACCUAUUCCUUUUGAUAGAUGUCAUUUUUAAUGAAUCUGAUUCAUAUUACAAAAUGGUGAAACUAGUCAAACUCCUAGUGGCAUUUCUGUUGUUCCGAAUCAAUUUAAUCAAUAGGAUUUUAGUUUUUAUAAAGAUUUUUUUUUUUUUUUAAUUUUCUAAU